AUGAUGGCUGCCACCAGCGAGGAACAGAGUGUUAUGGAUUCGUCUCGAAUAAAUUCCGUGGAAAAUCAGCCAGUCGAUCGAUUAAAAAUGUUAUAUCCGAUGGUCAACGAGGACGAAACCCCCUUGCCACGAUCAUGGAGCCCUAAGGACAAGUACAACUACAUUGGUCUCUCGCAAAAUAAUCUUCGCGUUCAUUACAAAGGUUUUGGAAAAACACACAAAGACGCUGCCAGUGUUCGCACAACGCACUCGAUACCAGCUGCCUGUGGUCUUUAUUAUUUUGAAGUUAAAAUAGUUAGCAAAGGCAGAGAUGGUUAUAUGGGUAUAGGUUUAUCAGCACAUGGCGUUAAUGUUAACAGACUUCCGGGAUGGGAUAAACAUUCGUAUGGUUACCAUGGUGAUGAUGGACACAGUUUUUGUUCAUCGGGUACUGGUCAACCUUAUGGACCGACUUUUACUACGGGUGAUGUUAUUGGAUGUGGUGUUAAUUUAGUUGACAACACUGCGUUUUACACUAAAAAUGGAACACAUUUGGGCACUGCCUUCUCAGAUUUACCUCCCAAUUUGUAUCCGACGGUAGGUUUGCAGACACCCGGAGAAGUUGUUGAUGCUAAUUUUGGACAGACACCUUUUGUGUUUGAUAUUGGUGAUAUGAUUAAUGAGUUGCGUGUACGCACGAGAUUACAGAUUAUCAAUUACCCGACGCCUGAUCAUGGCCAGGGCCAGUGGCAAGCUGUUUUACACAAGAUGGUAUCAACGUAUCUUGUCCAUCACGGUUACUGUGACACUGCCGAAGCAUUUGCCACAAGCACAGGACAAGUAUUCGAAGAAGAUUUUAAUUCAAUUAAAAAUAGACAAAAAAUUUUGAAGCUCGUAUUAGCAGGUCGUAUGGGUGAAGCAAUAGACCUCACGUCUCGGUUAUAUCCAGGUCUACUAGAACGAGAUCCAAAUUUAAUGUUUGCUUUAAAGUGUCGUCAAUUUGUUGAAAUGGUUAACGGAAGUGAUUCUGAAGUUAAUCAAACUAUUGGGACUUCGACAACUACAUCCGCUAAUACCAAUACUAAUCCUAAUACUAAUAUUAAUUCUAACACCAACACAAAUACAAACACAAAUACUAGUAUAAAUAUAAAUACAAGUCCAAGUAAUGAUAAUCAGACAAGUGUAAUACAAUCAACAAAAGCGUAUAACAGCAAAUCAUCAAACGGUACAAUAGAAGAAAUGAAUCUAAAUAAUACAUUGAAUGGUACCGCGGAUCAACAAUUUAUAAAUGGACAAAUAGAAGAUGACGUUGACAUGGAAAUGGAAAGUAAUACACCAACGAUUAAUAAUAUCAAUGGAUUGAAAAAUACAACAAAUGGUUAUCAGAAUGGUAGUCCUAAUUCAAAUGGUUACAAGUGUAAUGGUGAAGAUAUUGAUAUGGAAAUAGAUAGUGCCAAUCAAAAUCAACAAAACGGCAACAGUAUAGAUAAUAAUCAAACGACAAAACUAAGUAGUAAAAAACAAUUGUGUGGUGGCAAUAAACAAGCAAUUGAGAAGAUGCUUGAAUUUGGUCGUCAGUUGUAUUCACAAUCAAUUCAUCUUCGACAGUCGUAUGGUAAAAAUGAGGGAAACAAAAAAAUGCUUCAAGAUGCAUUCAGUUUAUUAGCGUAUUCAAAUCCCUGGAAUUCACCCGUUGGAUGGCAAUUGGAUCCGCAAGAACGUGAAACAGUUUGUGCUAGAUUAAAUUCUGCAAUUUUAGAGUCAACAAAUCUUCCACGACGACCACCUCUAGAAGUCGCAAUAUCUCACGUUCGAGAAUUAGUCCGUCUGAUGUCAAGCGCGGGUUUAGGAGCCUGUGGAUUUGCAGUCGUGGAUAAUAUUAUUCAAUAUUGACGGUGCCUGCCUCUGCUGUCACGUCCAGUUCUUCAACCUGCCCGAGUGUGGAUGCGGAGACGGAACGUGGAGCAGACAAUAUUAUUGAUGCAACAACUUCGCGAUGUAGCGCGCCUCUUCAGCUAAAGUCAACGCGAAUUAUUUUUGUCGGUGAUAUAUAAAUAUAUACUCAACGAUCUCACACCACAAGAAUUUAAAACGGAUUUUGAAAAUUUAAUAAAACAAACAAAAAAAUAUAUAUUAAUAAUUAAUUAAUUUAUUAAUUAUAAAAAUGUGAACACGCUCAAAUCUGCCAACCAAAAUGACACUUGGUCUAUAAAACAGUCUUUGGUAGUCAACGAAGAGGCAAAUAAUUAUAUGGGAAUUAAAUAAUUAAUUCUUUUUUCGCGGAGUUCACAAUCGUUUCCUCGUUCUCAAGUUUUUAAUUUAAAAAUAAUCAUUAAAUUGAAUUAAUUAUUAUUGAAAUCAAAAGUAGUUUUUUAAAAAUACUUAAAAAUUUUUUUCAGCUGUGCAAUAACUUUUAUUUGAACGCGGUUAUUGUUUUUUAAAUUUUUUAUUGGAAACUUAAAAUUUAAAUUAUCGAGAACGAAGAAAAGUUUAUUAAGUGAUUAACGAGGUCUUAAGUUUAUAUAUAUAAAUAAAUAAAUAAUUAUAAUUAUAUUAAAUAAUAAAAAAAAGAAAAUAAAAAAAAAGCAGAAAACAAGAACUAACUUAAUUAAGGAACGAUCUUGUACUCUAUUAUAAAAUAAUUAAGUAAUUGUUUUUUAUAUGCGACAUAG